UCGAUCGGUUGUCGAACGUGCUCGGCAAUCUUGUUUAAACAAUAAGUUAUUUGGUAAAAAAUGGUAGACAAUUUUUUCCAAAUUAUGACGACUUGUAAGUCAUCGUAGCAAUACAAUUGCGUUUUUAUUUUUUUUAAGUAAUCUAAUGUUUCUGUUAGAAGGUACAUUAAUUGGAAUCUAAUAAAUGUGAAUAAACUUUUAUUAACUCCAGCCGUUACUAUCAAGCGUCAGCUGGACAAAGGUUGCUCUUUCCACCGGACUCCAAUACCAAUCCAGCCGGCGGAAUCCCAGAGGUCAAAAUCUCCGCAGCCGGCCAAGAAUGGCGACGAUUCCACUCAUAUUAAUAAUCAGCUCCCAUAGCUCUCACCUUUCUAUUUCUCUACCACUGUCAGUAGAGGAGAAAACCCCUUUCAAAGCUUCCCCCAUUUCCAGCGAUUUCCUCCGAUUGAAACCCUCAAAUGGAGUCCGUCGGGCUAGAAGUGGUUCUGAUCACCGGGUGCUCCCAGGGAGGCAUCGGCCACGCCCUGGCUAAAGAGUUCGCUGCCAAAAAUUGCCUGGUCGUUGCCACGAGCAGGUCCUUGAGCUCGAUGCAGGACUUGGAACAGGACGAGAGAUUCUAUCUCCAGGAGCUCGAUGUGUCCUCCGACGAGAGCGUGCAAAGGGUGGUGACAAACGUCAUCGAGAAGUAUGGGAGAGUUGAUGUUCUGGUCAAUAACGCUGGGGUUCAGUGCGUCGGCCCUCUUGCUGAGGUUCCUCUGUCUGGCAUCCAGAAUACUUUCAAUACCAAUGUUUACGGUCCCAUGAGGAUGAUUCAAGCUCUUGUUCCACACAUGGCAUCACGAAGAAAGGGGAAGAUCGUUAACGUAGGAAGUGUCAUAGUGCUGGCGGCUUUACCUUGGGCUGGGACGUAUUCUGGAACUAAAUCCGCUAUGCAUGCUCUAACUGAUACUUUGAGGUUAGAACUGAAACCACUGGGAAUCGAUGUUAUAAAUGUGGUUCCAGGAGCUGUUCAAUCGAAUAUAAUGCCCUCAGCCGAGGCUAUAUAUAGUUCCGAGUGGAAGUUGUACAAGCCAUUUGAGCCGGCAAUCACACGAUUUGUCUCCCAAGGCAGAGCAGGCACCCCUACCGAGAAAUUCGCCAAGCAUACUGUUGCUGCCAUCCUCGGUAAACAUCCACCCGCAUGGUUCUCUUCAGGCAAGUUCUCCACCAUCAUGGCAAUCGCGUACUAUUUGCCACUUCGUGUCAAAGAUUUGCUCGUGCAGUCUUUCAUGAAACCCUGACUGCUGGAGCUUCUUCCGUCGCAUUGUUCUCGCCCCUGGGUUAUUGGCCUCUCUAUGCAGCAACUUCUUAAGCAGAUUGUUCUUCAGUUUUAACAUGAUCUAUAUUGCCUUCUUUUCUCCUGGAUGACUUUUUUUUUACAUUGUGUCGGUUGUACUCUAUACAAAACCCUUUUGUGGUAUCAAUAGAUUGUUAGCAGUGGAGCUUGAAGGACUGAAUAAACUAGUGAUGCAGCUGAGGGAGUGGCUAAGCUUCAAUACAACUUGCUUGAUGUAAUUGGAGGAGGUUAUGUAUUUUUUGCAAAAUGUGAAUCAAGCUUUGUUUAUUCCCCGCCAUAACGGUCAGGUGGAGAAAUAUCGCUCUUUCCCGCCAUAUUCCAAUACCAAACCAGCCGCCGGAAAUCACCCAAGUAAAAAACUCUGCUCAUAUUUUCAUCAUCUAGAAAAACUCCGGCUCAUAUUUAUAUCAUCAGCGGCGAGAAUUCUCACCCCCUCCAAUUUCUCUUUCAAAAUGUAUUUUAGGUUUAAAGUAAACAAAAGAACUGUUUCGUUGGCGAAACGCGUGUUCAAUGCACAAUGUUUUCAAGUAAACACAAACACAAAGUCAACACAACAGUCAAAUAUCCGCCAUCGAAUGUCGGCGCUGUUGAUUUGAUCGAUUAAACAGAAACCAAGAUGACCGUCAAAUAUCCACCGCCGGCGUCGGCGAUGUUGAUUUGAUCGAUACACCUUUGACUUCUAAUCAAACAACCGUAAUUCGGUUCACCACCUCUCCAAACUACGUUCGAACGAGGGUGUUCAGCGAAUAACCAGAAAAUCGAACCAGGAGUGUUCUAAGUUACGUUACCUCUACUCCUAUGGAGGUUCCUCUGGAGAGCUCCGCGACUACGACUACAAGCUACGACUCUGCAAAGAAUUUCUCUGAUAGAGCGAUUCUACGAAACUAGAGAGAAAAAUGAUAAUUCUGCAACGGUGCAGUUUGUGAUUUGAUUUUGCCGUCCCUAGCUUCUCCCUCUUCCCGCUCUUUAUACCCCACUCUUCUCCCCGUAGUCGUAGUAACUGUCUUCGCGCCAUUGUCUCCCACGUUCUUCAUUCCUGUCAACCGUGCGAGUAAUUUCUCCCUUGUUGUGUAACUUCCACGAGUGCGAAACCGCUCUGAAGAGACUUUGCAAACCAAAGCUGCGCCAAAUUUGUAGCUAUCCACCAUGGUUCGAUAAUCCAUCUCGCCUCCAAAACCACUCCGCUGUCACCCUGUUCAUAAAACGGCACCGUGGCGUAGUAGAACAACGCCGCUUCACUUCUAAAAUCUGGGCUUGAGAGCCUCCUGUCUCGGCAACGUCGUCGUUGCGAGUAAUAAAUUUCCCAGCGAUCUCAACCCUGGCAACGUUGUUCUCCACUAAACAACGUCGUUUCUCAUCCAAGCGGAAUCGUUGGAUUUGCGGCAUUGUCAAAUGCAUAACGAUACAAGUGAGGUUGCGCCCUUGUCCGAAGCACGACAUUAUUGAUACGCGAUCAAAUUCUCAUCCCUCGGCGUCGUUUAAUCUCUCCGCGACCUUGUUCUCUACCAAACGGUACCGUUUUCUCAUCUUGCGCUGCCGUUUGGCUUGUCUGGCAUCGCCAAAAUCCAACCCGUUGUGGUAUGGUUUCUAACUAAACGAUAUCGCUUGGUAAUAUCGCGGCGCUGUUGAUGCUUUAAACGGUGUCGUUUUUAGCUAAACAGCACCGCUUGAUUGUACCCGCGACAUUGUUCUGAUAUUAAACGACUCCGCUUCCAGCCUUGCGGUGUCGUUUUCUUCCCCAAUCAGCUCCGUUUGUUUUUUUUUCCUCCGCGACACCGUUUAUUUUCAACACUGUCGUUUGCUAUUACACCGGUACCGUUGGGCUUACUCGCGGUACAGUUCUUAAUUCUCCGCGAUGCCGCUUGUCUCCAUGCGGUAUCGCUUCUCCCAUUCCGACAAGGAAUAAAAAUAAUAAUUAAUU